GCCUUAUCCAUUUUUGGUGAUCAUCAGGAUGUCAUGGCCGUUCGUCAGACCGGUUUCGCUAUGAUUGACGCCGAUACUGUCCAGGAGUGCCAUGAUAUGGCUCUGGUAUCUCACUUGGCUACUCUCAGAGCCAGAGUUCCUUUCGUCAGUUUCUUUGAUGGUUUCCGUCUUUCCCAUUGCAUUCAGAAGGUCGACACUUUACCUUACAAUCAGAUGCGAAGGAUGAUCGAUAUGAAGGCACUGAAUGCUCAUCGUGCAAGAGCCCUCAAUCCUACUCGCCCUUAUGUCCGCGGUACCAACGAGAAUCCCGAUGUUUAUUUCCAACAGUUCGAGGCUUCCAACGCUUUCUACGAUAAGACUCCUCAAAUUGUGAAGGAGGAGAUGGACCGUGUUGGCGCUGUUACUGGUCGUCACUAUGAUCUCUUCCAAUGGUCCGGCCCGAAGGACGCUGAGGCAGCAAUUGUUAUUUUGGGUUCUGGCGCUAGUGUUGUUGAGGAGUCUCUACCUUACGUCAACGCGCAAG